CCUUUUAAAACUGAAACAGUGCACUCUAUACAAUUCCCAGCUCAAGAAAACCGUACAAAGACUCACCAUUCACCAGUAUAUUGGUUUCAACUUUCCAGGGUUUUUGUCUUCACCCCUCACCCUUUCUCAUUGUACAUAGAUAAUAGCUGGUUUCAGAGCGAUUACUUCCCUUUCUAUGGCGAAGUUAUCAUCAUCUUCGUCGUCGUCGUCGUCAUCAUCAGUUUCAAACUCGGAAAAUUCUCGCGAGCUUCUGUGUGUAGGAACCUUGGAAAUCGCCACUCCAAAGCCCGUUGGGUUCCUCUGCGGCUCAAUCCCUGUUCCAACUGACAAGUCCUUCAAUGCUUUCCAUUCCCCUCUUCUCCCAACUCCUCAAACAGUGAAUGCUCCGCGAUAUCGGUAUCGGAUGCUGCCAACUGAGACUGAUCUGAAUAUGCCGCCUCUUCUUGCGGAUUUCCCAGACAAGGUUCUUCCUGUUGGUUAUGUGCAGUCCAAGGCUACUGGAGGAGACUUCCCUUGGGAGGGCAAUGCUGUUGCUUCAAAUUUUACAAGAAAAUGUGAGGCCCUCGCAGUAUCUGGCUUGGCUGAUUAUGGGGAUGAGAUUGAUGUAAUUGCUCCAGCAGACAUUUUGAAGCAGAUAUUUAAAAUGCCAUAUUCCAAGGCUCGAUUGUCAAUUGCUGUUCAUCGAAUUGGCCAGACUCUUGUUUUAAAUACUGGGCCAGAUGUUGAAGAAGGAGAAAAGUUGAUUAGGAGGCAUAACAAUCAAUCAAAAUGUGCGGAUCAGUCACUAUUCUUGAAUUUUGCUAUGCAUUCAGUCAGAAUGGAGGCCUGCGAUUGUCCACCAACUCAUCAUGUUUCACAAGAGGAGAAAUCAAAAUCUUCAGUUCUUCCUGGAAGCAAAACACCCCAUAUUGUGGAACAGAAUGAUGUUGUCCAAGCUGAUGGAUACAAAUGCUGUUCUGAGUACUCAAAUGUUAAGCAGGAUGUCAUUUGGGGAAGCAAGAAUAACAGGAGAAAUAAGAACCAUAGUCCUGCCAAUAAAGUGUCACAUGUUGGUGAAAAACCCAGAACAACAAUGCAAGAGUCUGAAAAACAAAGAAAAGCUGGUAAUGAUAGCUUUCUGAGGGUCCUGUUCUGGCAGUUUCAUAAUUUUCGGAUGCUCCUUGGAAGUGAUUUGCUUCUGUUUAGUAAUGAAAAGUAUGUUGCUGUGAGCUUGCAUUUGUGGGAUGUCACAAGACAGGUCACACCUUUGACAUGGCUUGAAGCCUGGCUUGACAAUGUUAUGGCAAGUGUGCCUGAGCUGGCAAUAUGUUAUCAUCGUAAUGGUGUUGUUCAGGGAUAUGAGCUUCUGAAGACAGAUGAUAUUUUUUUACUUAAAGGGAUAUCUGAGGAUGGGACGCCAGCAUUUCAUCCAUAUGUUGUCCAGCAAAAUGGCCUUUCCGUUUUGAGGUUCCUUCAGGAAAAUUGCAAACAGGAUCCUGGAGCUUACUGGCUUUAUAAAGGUGCAGGUGAAGACGAUAUACAGCUUUUUGAUCUUUCUGUUAUUCCCAAAAACCAUUCAUCUAAUGAUUGUGAUGAUGCUUCAAGCUCCUUGCCAUCUUUAAUCAAUAGAGGUAGAAGUGAUGCAGUGUAUUCACUGGGAACACUCCUGUAUCGAAUCGCUCACAGGCUUUCACUGUCAAUGGCUGCUAAAAAUAGGGCUAGAUGUGUCAGCUUCUUUAGGAAGUGUUUGGAAUUUCUUGACGACUCAGACCACCUGGCAGUACGAGCAAUUGCUCAUGAACAGUUUGCAAGGCUGAUUUUAAAUUAUGAUGAGGAGCUUAAUCUAACAUCGGACUCACUAGCUGUGGAAUGUGGACUAACUCUUACUGAAGCCAAAGAGUCACCUUGGGAUGCCGAAAACACUAAUUCUGAGUCAGUUGCUCCAGAAGUAUUCUAUCUCCUAGCCGAUGACAAAUCCCAUGAACAUGAACAAACACCUGACUCAGUAGAUGGUGAUGCACAAUUGAGCAACCACAGAACGUCUCUAUCCAGCUCAUCUCCAGAUGCUAGCAGCUCUUCUGGAUGUGAAGUAUGUCCAGUUACCACACCUGUGGUUCAGACAGUUGCUGAUCCAAUAUCAUCUAAGUUAGCCGCAGUACAUCAUGUUUCACAGGCCAUUAAGUCUCUGAGAUGGAUGCGACAGCUUCACAGCAACGAACCAGAGGUGAUGGAUCGGUUUGAUGAAGAUCAUGAUAGGUCACCGUCAUCUUUUGAUGUUUCUGUUUGUGCUUGUGGGGAUGCUGACUGUAUUGAGGUUUGUGACAUUCGAGAAUGGCUACCAACAUCCAAGUUGGAUCAUAAGUUGUGGAAGCUUGUUCUUUUGCUUGGAGAAUCUUAUUUAGCACUUUCCGAAGCAUACAAGGAGGAUGGUCAACUACAUCAAGCUUUAAAGGUUAUACAGUUAGCAUGUUCUGUUUAUGGAUCAAUGCCUUCACAUCUGGAGGACACGGAGUUCAUUUCUUCUAUGGUUAGUAGCUCAUCCUUGCAGAGAAAAUGUUAUGAUAUAAAUGAAAGUCGUACAUUGCUGAAUGAUGUAAAAGAUGAGACUGUUAAUGGGUAUCUCACUGUUGAGAGAAAGUCUUCUACUUACUUUUUCUGGUCCAAGGCAUGGGAGCUGGUCGGAGAUGUUUAUGUCGAGUUCCAUAGGAUAGAGAGUAAUGAAAUUUCAGUACAAGAUGUGAGAAGGCCUGCAAACAGUGAAUUGAAAAUGUCAUCUGAGGUUGCUAAGGAAGUUAAAAGGCUGAAGAAGAAGCUGGUGCAGUUGAACCAGAAUUGUAGAUCAUGUUCCUUGGUAAAUUGUAGUUGCCAAAGCGACAGAGCUAGUAGUGGAAGCAGUGCAAGCAGUAGUAGUGCAGAUAUGAGCCUGAUGACUUAUGGUAGAAAGCAUGGUAAACGAUGGUUUACUAAAAAUACCAAUUAUUUGCAUCCAAAAGAUCCUGGAGAUGAGCUCAUUCUUAAUGAGAAUCAGAAAGAUUUUGAACAUUUUGAGCACAGUAAUUAUGGUGGAAACUUGAUAGAUACUCUUGAUGGUAGCGCGAUUGAAGUUGAAUCCUUAGCAGCUAUGAACUCCAGAAAACAUGAGGGAUCUUCAGAGCCCGACAAUUCCGGUUCCAGUGCUCUAUCACAAACUGAAUUAAGUUCAAAGGUAACAGGUAUAGUUAAAAAUGGUGGUAUCUUUGAUUAUCUAAGUAGACCUGUACUUGGAGAUGUUGAGCACAAUCUAUUAGCUGCUUUAAAAUGCUAUGAAGAAGCUAGAAAAGCAUUGCUUAAACUUCCAUCCAGUUUAUCUGAGUUAGAAUCACUGGUUAAAAAGAAAGGGUGGGUUUGUAAUGAAUUGGGGAGAAUUAGAAUAGAAAAUAAAGAGUUGAACAAGGCUGAACUGGCCUUUGUAGAUGCUAUAGUUGCAUUCAGAGAAGUUUCAGAUCACACCAAUAUAAUAUUGAUAAACUGUAAUUUGGGUCAUGGCCGACGAGCUUUAGCUGAGGAGAUGGUAUCAAAAAUUGAGAAUCUCAAAUUACAGAACAUCUUUCAUAAUGCAUACAGUCAUGCUCUGGAAACUGCAAAACUAGAAUAUAAAGAAUCUAUUAGAUAUUAUGGGGCAGCAAGGCUAGAACUAAAUGCUGUAAAUGAGGAUGAUGAUGCUGUGACAAGCAGCUUGAGGAAGGAGGUACAUACACAGUAUGCUCAUACUUAUCUGCGGCUUGGCAUGCUUUUGGCAAGAGAAAAUAGUACAGCUGAACUGUAUGAGAAUGGAUCACUGGAGGAUACCUGUGUAAGGCAUAGGAAUUCCCAUGAUCGAAGAAGGAAAGAAUUGAGAAAGCAUGAGAUUUCAGCUAAUGAGGCCAUUAGGGAAGCAUUAUCUGUGUACGAGUCUCUAGGUGAACUACGCAAACAGGAGGCUGCAUAUGCUUACUUCCAGUUAGGUUGCUAUCAGAGGGAUUGUUGUUUGAAAUUUAUGAACGCUGGCAAUAAGAAAAGCCUUUCAACAAAAGGUGAAAAUAGCACUGACCAUCGAGUCAAGCAGUAUUCAUCUCUGGCAGACAGGAACUGGCAAAAAGCAAUGGACUUUUAUGGCCCUAAAACCCAUCCUAACAUGUAUAUUACUAUACUCAUGGAAAGGUCGUCUCUUUCAUUAAGCCUUUCAAGUCAAAUACGCUCCAGUGUGGUUCUUGAGUCAGCUUUGGUUCUCAUGCUCGAAGGACGCCAUGUUUCAGAGACAAGCACUGACACUUUCAGUGCUGGUUAUCCUGAACUGCAUGCGAAAUACUGGAGUCAGUUGCAGAUGGUUUUGAAGAAAAUGUUAGCCAUGGUACUAUCAUCAAGUGCGAACAAAUCUCCCUGCCAACCGUCUCUAUCCUCUGGUAGACUUGGAGAUGGAGGAAAGAUCAGGGAACUGUAUAAGAUGUCCCUCAAGGGUACGGACAUGACCCAACUGCAUGCCAUGUACAGCUUGUGGAUGUCAUAAUGAGGUAUUCAACCUGCCAAUUUUGUCUUGGUUGCCUCAGAACAAAAGUGAAUAGUUUUCCAUCUCUCGUUGAUUGUCUUAAUAUUUGUGGGAAAAAUGUGGUUAACUUGGAGGAUGCAAGUCUUGAACUCAGUUCCGUCUAAUUGAUUGGAGAUUUAGUUGACCACUUAGAUAAACCAAGACUUGCAUUGACUGUAAAGAAUUUCCUCACAAAGACACAUUACCAUCACAAGAAUGAAGAGAGCACUUUUUUAUGUUAGAAAA